AACACGCCAAGGACGAGCAAGGCCGCGAUUUUUGCCGGCAAUGGCGAGCCGCCGCUCCAGCCAGAUGCCGCGCUUGCUGCCGCUGCUGCUGGCAGGCGCUGCGGCGUUCCUCAGCGCCUAUGCCUUCAUUGGGGUCAGGCGGGCCUUGCCCUCAGGACGGUUCCGGGUUGUCCCCGGGCGCGUGGGGUGGCCUUCACAAUCAGGAGCGCGCGAUGUAGCGCGCCCCGCUUUCCCCAGGGCGAACCCCGGCGGCGAGGCGGAGAAGAUGAGGAUCGCAAGAUAUGAGAAGGAGGAGGAGGCGAUGGCCGUGGUGAAGAAAGCGGAGGAGGAAGCGAAGGACCCCGACGGCACCUCAGAGGAAAAGACCAAGGCCUACGGCAUCCUGUUCGCCUACGCGCUUGCCUUCAUCAUCCCCUUCGGCUUCUUCGCGGUGGUGCUGCUGGGCAUUUGGACCCCCGGCACCGAGAUCGACCGGGGUAUCUCCAAAAACUCCCCGAACUACAGCAUGGGCGCCAUCUCGCGCUACGACGACGAGAUGGACAAGCUGAGGAAGCAGCUAAAAAAUCAGGGGCCGAAGGAGUACUGAGGGUCGUUACCUCGUUGGUGCGACCAGAAGCUGUGUGGAGGAGAAGCCGAAAAAGUGAGCAGAAA